UAAAAAAAAACCCAUUCCAAUGGCUUUCACUUCUUCUCUCACUUCCCAUUUUCUCUCUCUCCCAAACAAAAACCCAUCCCUAACCCCUUUUCAAUCUCAACCCUUCUUUUUCCCUACACUCCACCCAAAACCACUCUUAUCAUCACCUACUUCAAUCUCAACCGUUGCUUCAGCGUCAUCAUCGAAAAACCCUUCCAGUAACAAUAACCCUAAACAAUCUAGACAAGAUGAAGUUGUUGAGGUUGAAGUAGAAGAGGAACUUCCGUGGAUUCAAGAAAAAGCUCUCGACCUCGUUGAGUUCACCGGUUCUGUUACCCAAGCGAUUCCCGGUCCGAGAGUGGGUCCCACUUCGUUGCCGUGGAUUCUCGCCGUUCCUCUUGGUUAUGCUGGUCUCACUUUCGUUAUCGCGUUUGUUAAAACCGUUAGGAAAUUCAGUUCUCCCAAAGCACAACGCAGGAAAUUGGUUGGUAAAAAUGCGUUGUUGUGUAAGUCUGUUGAUGAUUUGUUACAAAGAGGACGAGAUGAAGUUAAGGUUGAUGAUCUCAAAGGAAUCGAAAAUAAGGUUCUGAAAUGUCAGUAUGCUGUUCGAGGAGAGAUUGUUACACUUGCUCAGAAUUUGCAAAAAGAUUUGCUGGCCAAUCCAGACGCUCAUUCUUUUGAUGAGAUAAUUUACUGCAACAUUGGAAAUCCUCAGUCUCUUGGCCAGCAGCCAAUAACUUUUUUCCGAGAGGUUCUUGCAUUAUGUGACUAUCCAGCUCUUUUGGACAAAAGUGAAACUCAGGGUUUGUUCAGUGCUGAUUCAAUAGAACGAGCUUGGCAGAUUGUGGAUCAGAUUCCUGGGAGAGCAACGGGUGCCUAUAGUCAUAGUCAGAGGUGUUAAUCCGGUUUACUUUAUGCGAGAUACUCUUGCUUUGGGCCGAUUAAAGAUUCCCACCAAUUACUUUGAUGAAUUCAAGUGUGCAUUUUAUACAAAGGAUCAAGUGGACGAAAUCAAAGAGGAGUGGUGUCAAUUCAUGAUAGAGCUCAAUGUUUGUUCAUAAAUUUAUGUAAUUAAUGUGUACAUUUGUAGUAUAUGUUAUGACUUGUAAAUGUGUACAUAAAUUUGUAUAUAUUUUGAUACAUUUAAGGCAAAAUUGGUUUGAA